UAUAGAUAGAGUUAGUUCAGCUACAUCUGCUUCAUUUCAUUUGUGAUUCUUUUGUUGAUUUGUUUUUCGUUUAAUUAUUUAUUUAUUAGUUUUUAUCUCUUGGAACAUGGAUUUGACAAGGAUUAAGGAUAUUUGUCGUUUUAAAGGAUAUGAGAUAUACAACAUAAAUAUUUCCAUAGAUCUGACUGCCUAAGUAAUAAAUUAACAUAGGACGUCAGAACUUUGAUUACUUCUUUGGUGGGUUUUCUAUUAUUCUAUUUUCCUUCAGGUUGAUUCUUUUUAUCAUGAAACGUUUUUGGAGUCAAAUUUCAAGUUUAUUACUUUCAUUUGAUAUUAAUCAAUCAUUGCAAACGAUAAUGAGUAUGUACGUUUAUAUUCUUCUUUUUUUUUUGCUUAAAUUUUCCUUUAUAAGCCUUAAUGGCUUUUUUCUACAAAACAGUUUUUUCAUCCUCCAAAGCGAGGAUUUCUUUUCGUGUUUAAUAUAAUUUUUUUUCGUCCGCUUUUUACUUUUUCAAUUCUCAUCGACACAGAUAUUUGUUUUUAUUGCAAACGUACAUUAGAUAAUUCAAUAAAUUCUUAUUUAUUGCAUUUAUGAGAUAAAUAAUAAAGAAAUAAACGUUGGGAUGAAGAAUAAAUAAAAAUUCUUAGAAAAUUAUAAAAAAUUCUAGGAAAUGUUUGAUAAAUUCCAAGAAUUUCACUUCAUGUUCUUAGAAAAUGUUUUUCCUUCAUUUAUAUUACAUAUUAAUGUUGGCGCUUCCCAUCAAAUAAAUAUUUUGAAAUCGUUUCAUAAAACAUUAACGGAUGAAACAUAAAAAAUAACUUCUAACACUCGAUGUUAUUUUAAAACAUAAAAGAAGUCACGUAGCGUCU